CGGGUAUGAUCCAUUUCUUAAACAGUAAUCUGCAAUUCCUAAUUUCUACACAGCACAGAAUCGCUCAUCGCUUCCAGUAUCCGAGCACCAAACAGGGUGGGAGAGAGAUCCAUAGAGAGUGAGAGAGAAAGAUGUUUCUGCGGAGGUUUGCUUGGCCAUCGUCAUUGAUGAUGAUGGCCAGGGUGAAGGAAACAACGGGGAUCGUCGGUCUCGAGGUGGUUCCUAAUGCAAGGGACGUGCUAAUUGGUCUUUACAACAAAACCCUAAACGAGAUCCAGCGUGUACCUGAGGACGAAGGCUAUCGGAAGGCCGUUGAGAGCUUCACGCGCCACCGAUUGAAGGUAUGCCAAGAGGAAGAAGAUUGGGAAGCCAUUGAGAAGCGACUUGGUUGUGGUCAAGUUGAGGAACUCAUUGAAGAAGCUCAGGAUGAGCUCAAACUCAUUGACAAAAUGAUCGAGUGGGACCCAUGGGGUGUACCCGAUGACUACGAAUGUGAAGUAGUUGAAAAUGACGCUCCUGUCCCUAAGCAUGUCCCACUACACCGACCUGGUCCUCUUCCUGAGGAGUUUUACAAGACUCUGGAUGCUAUCAUGACUGGAAAAUUGGAGCCUCCUGCUAAAAAAGACGAGUCAGCAAUCCCUGCAAGUUCCCAAUGAGCAACAAAUCAUGCUUCUUUCUUUCCGGGCAUGGGACAUCUCAUAUCAAUGGUGGAGCUUGGAAAACUUAUCCUCAAACACUAUCCUUCCUACUCCAUCGUCGUCCUCACACUCAUCCCCUCCUUCAACACCGGUACCACCGCCACCUAUGUCCGCCACAUCUCCGCCACCUACCCCGCCAUCACUUUUCACCACCUCCCUGAUAUCCCUCUUGACCCCUUACUUUACCCCUCCAUGGAAGCCAUCAUCUUUGACCUUAUUCGACUUAGCAACCCCAACGUCAACAACGCCCUACAAUCCAUUUCUCUCUCUUCUAAAGUCAUCGUCUUCAUCAUCGACCUUUUUUGCACGCCGGCGAUGUCUUUGGCUGAUAAACUCAACAUCCCUGUUUACUACUUCUUCACGUCCGGUGCAUCUUGCUUGGCGCAAUUCCUUUACUUUCCAACGAUUCACAGAACCACCAAUGAAAGCUUUAAAGAUAUGAACAGACCCAUCCACUCGCCGGGAUUGCCACCGAUACCCUCGUCGGAGAUGAUAAGCCCACUUCUCGAUAGAACAACUACUGAUUAUUCCGACUUUCUUGUAUUCUGUGAGCACUUCCCUAAGUCAGCUGGGAUCAUCGGCAACACAUUUGACUCGUUGGAACCAAAAGCCAUUAAAGCAAUUACCGACGGAUUGUGUGUCCCCGAUCUACCUACUCCGCCGCUGUACUGCGUCGGACCGCUGGUGGCUCCCGGUGAGGAUAGUCAACACGAGUGUUUGAAUUGGCUCGAUUUGCAACCGAGUCGAAGUGUUGUUUAUUUGUGUUUUGGGAGUUUGGGUUUGUUUUCUGCUGAUCAGUUGAAGGAGAUCGCUACGGGGUUGGAGAUGAGUGGGCAGCGGUUUUUAUGGGUUGUGCGAAGCCCACCGUCACAUAAUCAAGCCGACCGGUUUCUGCCACCGCCGGAGCCGGACUUGGAUUUGCUACUGCCGGAGGGUUUCUUGGCUCGUACAAAAAAUCGGGGACUUGUAGUGAAGAAUUGGGCGCCGCAAGUGGCGGUUCUAAGCCACGAGUCCGUCGGUGGAUUUGUGACUCACUGUGGGUGGAACUCGGUGUUGGAAGCAGUACGUGCAGGUGUUCCGAUGGUUGCAUGGCCGCUUUAUGCUGAGCAGAGAUUUAAUAAGGUAGUGUUGGUUGAGGAAAUGGGGUUGGCUCUUCCGAUGGAUGAGUCAGAGGGAGGGAGGGUGGCGGCGACGGAGGUGGAGAAGCGGGUUAGACAGUUGAUGGAGGCGGAGGAAGGGAAAGCUGUUAGGGAGGUGGCGAUGGCGAGAAAACUGGAUGCUGCUAGGGCAAUGGAGGACGAUGGGUCUUCUCGUGUGGCACUUUCGAAGUUGGUUGAAUCAUGGUAGCUAUAUGUGAAUCAUUAUAGUUCAUUACACGACAAAUUAAUGUUGUCAAAAGUAUCAAAAUAAUGUCUUUAUUUGUGUAUUUUAUGUUCACUUGACCUUUGAGACUAUUGUGUUGAGUUUGUAUUGUUGUCCUCUUUGUUAACUCCGCUCAACUCAGAAUCAAACGGCAAUAUUGUAGAUCUCAUGUUUUUUUGCAAC